AUGCCCAUGAUGAUUGGUCCUGUAAAGUCGUGUGUGGCAUCCUGCAUGCUGCUACUGAUGCUUGCUCACAUAGGUGACUUUUAUCCCAACACCAAUAUGGCAAAGAGUUGUACUUGUCAUCUGGAAAAGAACAUCAUCCACUCCCAGCCGGAUGCUCCAAUCUACCAAUGCACCGGGUGCUGCUUCUCAAGAUCCUACCCUACACCUCCGCACUCCAAGGAACACAUGCACGUCGAAAAAAACAUCACCUCAGAGGCAACAUGCUGCGUGGCAAAGGGGUAUAAAACGGUGAAGAUCGAUGAUUAUGAAGUGAAUAAUCACACAGAUUGCCACUGCAGCACGUGCCACCAUCACAAGGUUUAA